AUGAGCAAGAUAAACGACUUGGAGAAAACUAAAUUGAAGCUGGCAAAUUUGGCGAAGGAGAUUGCCUCCUGGGAAGACGACAUGAGGCAUAUCAGGUUUCAGAGUCCUAAAGAAGCGGUUAAAUGCAACAGAGAUAGUCUUGCCGAUAUCCAUAAACUUCCUGUUUCUGCAAGGAAAGCUCGUUGGGAACGUUUAAUGAAUACUGACCAACCAAGUAGCUCCGGCACUCCUGAAGCCAGUAAAACAAUAAAAGCUGCGCAACAACAAGAGGUAGCCCAAGUUCAGACACGCAAGACUGCUAGAGAACAAUUUCAACCCAGCUCUGUGUCAAACAUCAAACCUGACAUCCAAGAGGCAGUCUGA